CAGAAUGCUUAGAGGAGAUUCCGUUCUCUCGAUCAAGUGCGGCAACCACAGCUCUGCUUUCUAGUGCCAGCUGUCACCAGCUUGCACAAAAAGGAUUGUUUUCACAUUGAGGGAGGAGGUGCGAAAAAGAAACACAAUUAAAAGGUAAACACUCUUUUGGAUAUAACAGGAUUAUGGCUGCCAAUUCAUCAACAGUACGGAUUCUUAUUAAAGGUGGUAAAGUGGUGAAUGAUGAUUUUACACAGGAGGCAGAUGUUUACAUCGAAAAUGGGAUUAUUCAACAAGUUGGCCGGGAGCUCAUGAUUCCAGGAGGUGCAAAGGUUAUUGAUGCUACUGGAAAAUUGGUCAUUCCUGGGGGCAUUGACACCAGUACCCACUUUCAGCAGAGUUUUAUGAAUGCCACCUCUGUGGAUGACUUCUACAACGGGACUAAGGCUGCUCUGGUGGGUGGGACCACAAUGGUCAUUGCUCAUGUUUUACCAGACAAAGACACAUCACUUCUGGAGGCAUAUGACAAAUGCCGAGCACUGGCAGACCCCAAAACUUGCUGUGAUUAUGCUCUGCAUGUUGGGGUUACCUGGUGGAGCUGUAAGGUACAAGCUGAAAUGGAAACUUUGGUAAAAGAAAAGGGAGUAAACUCCUUUCAGAUGUUCAUGACCUAUAAGGACUUGUACAUGUUGCGUGACAGUGACCUGUAUCAGGUGAUGCGAACCUGCAAAGAUAUUGGGGCUGUGGCACGAGUCCAUGCUGAAAAUGGAGAACUUGUGGCCGAGGGUGCUAAAGAAGCCUUAGAUUUGGGAAUAAGUGGACCAGAGGGUAUUGAAAUCAGCAGACCAGAGGAACUUGAAGCAGAAGCAACACACAGAGUGAUUACAAUUGCCAACAGAACCCACUGUCCUAUUUAUUUAGUCAAUGUGUCCAGCAUGUCCGCUGGUGAUGUUAUUGCAACUGCUAAAAUGCAGGGAAAAGUUGUUCAUGCAGAGACAACCACCGCUCAUGCUGUGUUAAAUGGAUUACACUACUACCACCAGGACUGGUCACAUGCAGCAGCCUAUGUCACUGUGCCGCCUCUCAGACUUGACCCCAACACACCCAAUUAUCUAAUGAGCCUGCUUGGAAAUGACACUCUGAAUGUUGUAGCUUCAGACCAUCGCCCCUUCACCACAAAGCAAAAAGCCAUGGGAAAGGAAGAUUUCACUAAAAUCCCACAUGGAGUCAGUGGUGUUCAAGACAGGAUGAGUGUCAUCUGGGAGAGAGGAGUGGUAGGAGGUAAGAUGGAUGAAAAUCGCUUUGUUGCAGUGACAAGUUCAAAUGCUGCCAAGAUUUAUAACUUGUAUCCAAGAAAGGGAAGGAUCAUACCUGGGGCAGAUGCUGAUGUGGUUGUCUGGGAUCCAGAUGCUACAAGAACAAUUUCUGCUAGCACCCAGGUCCAAGGUGGGGACAUUAACCUGUAUGAAAAUCUUCGUAGCCAUGGAGUGCCCCUGGUAACUAUCAGUCGAGGCAGAGUGGUCUAUGAGAAUGGAGUGUUUAUGUGUGCAGAAGGCACAGGAAAAUUCUAUCCACUGAGAACUUUUCCUGAUUUCCUUUACAAGAAGAUGGUUCAGCGAGAAAAGCGCCAGUCCCUAAAGGGGGUGGACCGCAAUCCAUAUGUGGGUGAUGUGGCAGUGGUGCAUAACUCUGGAAAAAAGGAAUCUGGACCAACAGAUGCUGACACCCCCACUAGACCAGUGACAAGACACGGUGGCAUGAGGGAUCUUCAUGAAUCUACUUUUAGUUUAUCUGGUGCCCAGGUGGAUGAUCAUGUCCCAAAGAGGUCUUCUGCUAGGAUCCUGGCUCCUCCAGGUGGCAGAUCCAGUGGAAUUUGGUAAUCAUGACUUCUCAACUCUGGACCAAAUAAAGCAGCAAGAGUUCAAGAAAACACCUUCACCAUGCUGCAGCACUAAAAAUAUUGUGUCUUGUAAAAACAGAUGAGGGGCAAGCAAAGAACACUGCACUGAUUUUUUUUUUUUUUAUUGAAAGGUGCUUAGAAUAUCUUCAACUCUAAUUGUAUACUGUUACACAGGCAAACAAUGGCAUUUCACUCUGAAACUGCAUUGGACAUCUAGAGCUAGAAACAUAGGGACAGAUUUGAAAAUGUGUGUGUUUGAAAGAACGCCUGCUGAUGUUGUGUGUCAAAAAGAAUAAUAAGCUAGACUAUAAAAUGCACUUGGUUAUUUAUUAUAAGUAAUUAAGUUUCUUCUUUUAAAAUUAUCUGAUCUAAUUAAUUUCAAAUAAUUUAUAAUAUAUAACAAAGAACUACUUAAAGAAAUAGUGGGAAUCUACUAGUCUCCCAUUUUAAAGUUUAGUACCUUCUAGAGGUGAUUUCAUUGUCUGUGUUGUACAUGCAGAACAGCCCCAAGAAUUUUCUUGUUUUCUUUUUGAUUCUGUCUUGGCUGCUGUGUAAGGUUUUAAAGCACCAUUAAAAGCAAAAAAAUAUGUAGUGCAGGGUAAAACAAAUUUGAAAUCAUGGAAUCUUUAAAAUACCGUAAUCCAUUAGAUGGAUACUAUAUGUGAUAUGCUUCUCUUAAAAUUCUGCUUAAAAAUAAGUUUCAAAACGUCAUGCCAAUACGUUUGAUCCUUCAAAAACAUAAGAUGUCCUAUGGCUUUUGAUUAUAUUAAGUGUUUAUUGCGGCAAUAAAGAAAAAAGGCAGUUCCAAAAAGCUAUUAGUAAAAAUGUCUUUUGACAUCUUUUUUUUUGGUUCAAUUGUAGAGAAUUUUUUUUAUUAGAUUUUCAUAAAUUUGUUAAAUGGUGUUAAGUGGGUUAGAGUUUCAUUCUUAGCAUUUCACUACUAUUACAGCCUCAUGUCUCUUCACAGAACUCAUUAAAGUCAACAGUAGCAGCACAAGACUUUACCUGAGCCAUUUUUGUUUUUCCCAUGAAAUUCGCCAGAUAAAUCAGUUAAAAAAAUUCCUUUAGUCAUAUAUGGUAAACCAUAAAACAAAGAAAAAUGUUUUUCCAUUUUUGUUUUUUCAUAUUCUAACCGAAUAAAAAAAUAAUGGAAUUCCUUAGAAAGGAUCUGUUUUCUAAGCCCUAUCAUAACAGGACUCCAUUGUUGUAAAAUAAUUGCUAAACAAUAAUGUAAACUCCCCUGGUAUAUUCAGAUUUAACUCAGCCUGCCUAGGUGUGUCCAUACUGGAGGUCUUUUUGUUCCUGUGCCACUGUUGCCUACUGUAAAGUGCAAUUCAGUGUUUGGCGGCAUAGCCAACACUACUGUUAUUCUCAAUGGUAGAAGUUUCCAUUGAAAUCUUCCAUUGUUUUUAUUAACAGUUAUUCUGCCAUUACUUGUUCCUGAAUAGCUGAAAAUAACAAAUACUUAAACAUUUUACACUUGCACAACAUUACCAGUUUUAAAUUUACACUUAAACUAUGUAUGAAAAUGACAAAGUUACUGAAUUUCUUUUGUCAUGAUUCAUAACAGAAGUGAAGCCUACAGUUAAUAAAAAAUGAAAAAGUCUUAAAAUUUUCUUCACCUAAUUGAAAUAAUCAGUGUAAUUCUGUGUAUCAGCCAUAAUUUGUUUUACAGAAAUGUUCAUUUGAACAAUUUUUUUCUCAUAAAAACAAACAUUAAGGUAAUUACCGAAUAUGACCAUCCAUGCAUUUUAACAUUUCUACCCGUAAACGGUGCUAGCAUGUUCCUGUUCUUCUUUCACACUGCAGAAGCAGGCUGUCUUCUGUUGUCAUGAGCUCUGUAGUUUUAUUGACCAGUUCACACAGUGUGUCAGGACCAGAUGGAGACUUCAUUCCUUAAACUGAAGUUGUUGCUUUUAACUGACCCAGGUUAACAUUUCAAAAACUUUAUGCAUGCUUUUGUAACGUGAUUCAUUUUUGGCAAAAAGUUAAAGAAAUAUUUACCCUUUCAAAGAAAUAUUUUGAAACACAUUUCUGACAGUGGUCCCAGUCUGUGGACAAGUGCUUUUUUAAUAACAGUAUUAAUGAAAAAAUAAAUAAGUAUUGGAAA